ACUGUCAAUCUGAUCUGGCAACACUGACGCCUCGUGCCCACUGCACCGUCAGUCAACGGACGUCGGAAAAGGCGUGGCCGACUGAUGUUCGAAUAUAUUCGAAUAUUCAUUGACACCUGCAAACCUCUUCAGAAGAAUGUUGAAAGAUGUCGAAGAAAGAGCGAGGAGUCUACUUUUUCAAGUUAUUCGGGAGCAAAACAAAAGAAAUCUUGGACAAACAGAUUUCUAAAAAAUGUGAGGACCUGAUGAAGACUGGCAUUGAACAAAAUACAAAUACCUUGGCUAGAGAUGGACUUUGGGGUCAAGUUUGUACCGGACUUGGCAUUCCAAACACAAAAAUCCAUCGAAUAAGACUUCAAGUAGCACAUCAAUCAUUUAAAAAGCACACAUCUCCAUCAUCUCCAUCGCCACAGGCUAGUGGAAUAGAUGAGCCUGGAGAACAGUAUUCUGAGCACACAUCACCAGGGUCCCCAUCGCCACAGGCUAGUGGAGCAGAUGAACCUGGACAAGAGUAUUCUGAGCUAAAGUCACUGUGGAAGAGAAAGAGCACAGAAGCUGUGGUUGCUGUGAUCCCGGCCCUCACACAUCCAGGUCACAGUUUUCUAAUUCAUCACAGCGAACUGUGCUCGCUGAGGCCUCACAGAUGGCUGACAGGCGAGGUAAUGGAGGGCCUCUUCCAUCUAAAUGCCAACCAAUGCCAACGUGGCCAGAGUAUUUACCUGCUUAACCAUUACACCGCAGGUGUAAUACUCUUUGGCGAAAGAGACCAAAUGAGACAACACAGCUUGCCAAGGACUGACUUCAGCUUGUACCAAGCAAUACUCUCAUUUGUGAAUGUUGGAGGAGUACACUGGAAACUACUGUACAUAAUUCCUGCCACAUGCUCAGUCUUUUUGGUGGAUCCAAUGGAGAACAAAGCCGAGGAAGUGGAGUCCAAAAAUGCCGCAAAAAGAAUAGGUGACUUCCUGAAGAUGAGAAAUAUCUGCCAUGCAAAGAAUGACUGGGGGAGUAUAAAGUGGAAAGGAGCCACCAUGCCCCAUCCUCUUCAACAGGACAGCAGUAGUUGUGGGGUCAUCGUCACCAUGAUGGCGAAGGCAGUGAUGGAGGCAUUUCCAGCAUUGCCACUCAUGUCCUUUGGGACAUGAGUGACAAGAAGGAGAUGGCUAAUGCGAGGACUAAGUUUGCACUUGCAUUACUCAGUGGUUCAGGUUUGUUAGACGUUUUUCUCAUUUCUUUAUAUGAGGUAGUUAGUUUUGU